GCCCCGAGCCCCUGCCGGAGACCGCCCGCCGGCUCCGCCCCCCCCGCGGCUCCCGCAGCCUCGCCCCCGGGCAGCAUGGCGCAGUCCCUCGCACGGGCGGGUGCCGCCCAGGUGGAGACGCUGCUGCUCCAGCUAAGCGGCCCGCAGGAGGCAGCCGCCGGUUCCGUGGCGCUCGGCGGCUGGUCGUCUCUGCUGGCCUCUGGCGUGCUGGUGCAGCGCUCGAAGGGGGCACGCCAGACUGGCGGCGGCGGCGCCCCCCCCGAGGGCGAGCUCGGCCCUCUCGGCACAGGUCGCGCCGGCGCGGCGGCGAGGGCCAGGAGCCCGCUGCACGUCGUGGGGUCCCUGAAGGUCGAGACGGUGGACCUCGAGAGCCAGUCCGACUGCAGCACCGCGGCGCCGGACCUCAGACCUCCUGGCUCGCACGCCGCUGCAGACGCCAGUCGGGCCCUCGCCCCUGGCGCCGCGCGCGGGGGCGGUGCCGAGGCCCCUCAGCGGGGAACCGCGCGGGGCCUCCGCGCCAGCGGCGGGACUGCUGCCGUCGGUGGGCUCCGCGGGCCACGCGCGGGGCAGCUGCAAGCCGUGCGCCUUCGUGUACAGGUCGGGUGCUUCGAGGCGGCGCCAGCUGUGCCUUCUGCCACGUGUGCCCGCCGGGCGAGAAGAGGCGCCGCCAGGUGGCCCGCAGGAGGCAGGCGCGCCCGGGGGAGCAGUGAGAGGGGGGGCCGCGCGCGGCCGCGUCCCUGGCUGCGUGUGCGCGCAGAUGCCGCGCCAUUAUAGUGCAUGCUGCAAUUCGUGCAGGCGCGGCAGGAGCAGGUGCCCCGCCGAAUCGUCACGUCUGCUCGUGCGUCCCACCGUCGAGGAACGACAGCACAUCGCGAGGAGGAAGAUUUGGCUCCUUCGGUGUGGGAUGCUGGCAGGUGCGUGGCGCUUGAAUCGAGCCUAUUUUGCGGCUCCCUCGUCUCGAUCCCGUGCGAAAUUCGCCGGGAUCUGUGCUUCUCUCCUCCUUCAUUGUCGCCCCCUUCCUCGAACUUCAGGCAUCCGACCUGAAGCUUUUGUUGCUCUCUGAACCCGAAAGCUUCGACCCCGUCGCCAGGACCGCUCUUGCUGCUUGAGUCGCUUCUCGGCGGCCCCGUGGCAUGUCGGAAACGUGCCUCCGGAGGCCGCAUUAGAAAAAGCACUGUGAC